AUGUUAGGAGGAUAUUAACAAAAUUAUUUAAACUAAAUGAAUAUUGAUUUACCUGAAUAUGAAUCAGCAGCUAAAACAUUAACUCACAAAGAAAGCGAAUUUCCUUUAGUGAUAAAUAGAAAUGUUAAUUAACAUUUCAUCAGCUUUAAAAAUAUUGCCAAUAUAAUAGAUUUAGGAGUUGAGCCAAGAGAUAAAUCUCUCAAAAACUCAGAAAAACAAGUUGUUAUUUAAAAAUAAAAAGAAUAUAUAAAAGAUAGGAUUAAAGUAUACAUUUAUCCUAUGAGCGAAGACAGUAUUUAUGUGGGAAUUAAGCUAUAUAAUAUUGAUUAAGUUAUUAGAUUUUGCGGAAAAGCAAUAAUGCAUGACUUUAAAAGCUAUGAACAAAUUAAAGAUGAUUAAAUCUAGAUAAACGAAAUAAAGUGGGUAACAGAAAUAGGAUUCAAAUUAACAUAUAUUCCAUAUAACUAUUAAGAGUAAUAUAAAAAUCUGAAAAAUGAAUGUCUAUUUUCUCUAACUUUAGAAUGUUCAGAAGCUAUUUCAAAUAUAACUAUUUUAGUUGUAAGAUUAGCUGACGAUAAAUAAGUGUUUAUUCUUUGA